AUGGACGAAGAUAAUCAAGAUGGACCUUACGCAGUAUGGCAAAUGUUUAAUGCACCUACCAUGGUUUUAUUUAACAACUUAGAUCACGCAGAAGAUGGUCUAGAACGUUUAUUAACUCCAAUUAUAAAACAAUCCGGAGGGUUUUCGGAAGUUUUAGUUCCAAGAGCGGGGUGUUCAAAAUGUCCAGAAUCCUAUUAUUGCGCCUUUAAUACCUGGUUGAUUGGUAGAUUAUUUUAUGUUUGUUCGGUGCCUGAGCUUCAUAGAAUACACAUCACAAGCAUAAAUGCUCAGUUGAAUAUAUUAAACAUUUUGUGUAUACAUAGAGCAUCGUUUUAUAACAAUAUACACAAAGAGUAUUACUGUAUAUUGAAAAAACUUGCAGAUUUUUAUGAAGCAUGUAAAAAGGAAGAUAAAAAAAUAUUAUUAAAUAACUUCACACCUGAACAAAUUGUCAUACCCCAAGUGAAUCUUAACUUGGAACCAAUAUAUGAACUUAGGCUGUUUUGUCUAUCUUUAAGUAAAGAUUUGGAAUUUACUAAAGACAUACUAGAGCUUCAAAGUAAGGAUGAAUGUGGAAUAGAAAAGGUGUUUGAAUAUUUUUGUAGAACUAUAGUAUCUAAUAUAACGCAAAAAGUUACAAAUAAUUGUGAAUUAAAAGAGAAUUGGUGCUAUAAUGAGAUAGUAGAUGUUGUAAGAUCUAUCAAGGCCUGUGAAGAUGUUAUAGACUCAUUUCUGAUGUCCCAUCAUUUGCAACGGUGUAAUAUUUCACUGUCUGUGUUACAAAAUGUUCAGCAUGAACUGAGGAAGGAAACAUCAAAAAGUUUGGCUUUAUUGAACAAAGAUGUUUGUCGAAGUGUGUGGGCCACAUUAAUUAAAAUAAUAAAACAUAGAAGAAUAGUAAUUAAUGAUACAGAUAAGAUUAAAUUGAUUAUGAAGGUAUCAUUAAAUAUAAUAUCUUUAUUAGAAAAUAUCAGUAAAGAAGAUACCGCUGCAGUCCUGCAAAUAGUCUGUCUCCAGAACAGUAUACAUUUUUCAGAACAAAAUCUUUUCUUUACUGAUGAUGUGAAAGUACAAAUAUUAAAGUACUUACUGAUUCAUAAGAUAAUUUUGAAGAGUGAAGUAAAUGAACUGUGGAAUAGCAUUAUUACAACUCUUUUUAAUUUUUUGAUAAGGAUAAAGCCGGCUAGACUUUCAAUUAUAAACCUCGGACCAUUAUUAUUGGUGAAUAAAGUGAUAUCUACAAGUAAGUUUAUAAGUGAUAUUCUAACGCCUGGAUUUCUAACAAAGGAAUCAGAUCUACAAGAAGCAAUAGCAGAUUUAUUACCCAUCUUUGCAUGCAUAUCCCUUGGUACAUAUAGUAUUGUCGCAGUAAAUAAUAUGGGGUAUAAUUUGGUGGAUGAUGAAAGAAAUAAGGUUUCCAUAGUUUGCUAUGAAUGUUGUUGCAAAGACAAAGCAGUAAGCAGCGAAACCUUUUAUAGUAACCUUGAAAAGGAAUAUAAAAUAUACCAUAAGGCGGAAAGUAUGGCUCCAUUAAGCAAUACGUCAUUACAGAAUGGGUUAAGACACUUAUUCGGAAAGUUCCUGAUUCAUCAACAAUAUGCUGAUUUAGAAAUGUCUAAAUACUGGAAUAUAGUUGGGCAUAUUAGUAAUCACUUUUAUGUCUUCGACUAUGGUGUAUCCACUAACAUACUUAAUGUAUCAAAUACAAAAUAUAUUAUAAAAGCUUUUAAAUCCUUUAUCGAAAGCUCAGAAGCCACUGAAAUUUCAUCUACCAAGGAAACUGUUUGUGAUAUCUGCAUCAAGUUAUUACUGAAAUCUACUAGACAAAGCUUGGAAACUAACGACUACAGCUUACAGACAGAAACUUUGGAUUGUAUAAAAGAAUUUGGCUUGUGUCGAAAUGUUACAUUAGUCUUACCAGUCACUAAACUCCUGGUAUACUUUAUAAUGCAACCGCAAUGCACUCUUGCUCCAAAAGCGAUAGUUCUUUUGCGGGAUUUUUGCGAAUACCAAGGUUUUACUCCCAACCAAACGUAUCAGCGCUACAAGAAAGAUUAUUGCCGCCUCUUUGUCGUUUGCAGCCUCAAUAACAGAAAAGAUUUCGCUGUAGCCUUACUAAAAGUCGUCAGAGCUUUUGGAUUCGUCGGUUUUCGAGAUUUCAUAUCCAAAGACGUUCACCAUUUCCUACCUUAUCUAGUGCCGUACUGCGUCACCAUAAAAGAAGUGCCAUCUAUGAUAGAAGAAAUAGCCUCGCUCGUGCAAUGUUCUGCAUCAGACUUCCUUAUUGAUAGGUUCCCGCAUAUUUAUGUUCAUGUGUACCUCACGGAAGGUAAAGAAGUUUCGAAAAAAUGCUAUGAUAUCAUAGAAAAAUUGACAAAGAUGUCUAUACUUAACUUGAUAAAGAGGCACUUUAGAGUGAUACUUACGGAAUUCCUUUUACAAUAUUGUUGUAAUCCAGAGAAAGUGUUGAACGCUUGCAGAUACCUCGCUUGUCAUGAUCCAGACGUUUCCACACCUCAAGGCAGUAUGAGCAUGAGCACAUCCCAAAUAGCUGACUUCUUGAACCCAAAAUUUCUUGGUGUUUUAGCAUACUUUGAUCAUAAACUUGUAAACGCGAAAGUGGCACUAUCGGUGAAGAGAAAAGCUUUAAAAAGUUUCCCGGAUAUGAUGCAACUAAUGGGUUCUAAAUAUUUAACGCCCUUGAGAUUCAAAGUCCUUGCCACUUUAAGAUCAGCUCUUCCGUUGGCAGUGGAGUUUCCCAAAAUUUUGGCAGAAGCUUGGAGCGCAUUCAUACAUAACAUCGAUAGCUUGUCCUUGGGGCCACUUUUACCUAAUCUAGCUGUUUCCUUAUUGCAACAGGUUCCAUAUGCACCGCAAGAGAUUAAUAAAAUCUUUCAUUACUUGGUAUUGAAUAAUGAAAACUUACUCAGUUCGUAUAUAUCGGAAUUAUUUUUCGUUGAAGAUUCGACAAUUUCUGAAAAAAUUAAGAUAGUGGUCAAGAGACAUGUUAGAAGAACCCAACCGGAUGGUUUCUUGGACAAAGUCAAGUGGUACUUGCAUCAUUUGAAUCAAGAUAUCCCGAGAGUCAAAGCGUAUUCAUUUGCCCGUUUGGAUAAGUUAUUGAAGUCUAAUAGGACUGAGGUGCACAAGGCAAUCUUUGGUGGAAAAAAUAUUGACCCAAUUAUUGUGGAACUCAUUGAUUGUCUUUUGAUAGGUUGUAAAGACACAAAUAAUGAAGUAAGUUCUUCAAGUGGGGCGUGUUUGGGACAACUGGGCGCAAUAGAGGCGGGCCAUCUUCCUAGGCAGUAUGUGCAACCAGACCGAUCACCGUUUGCGUUUUCCAUAAACGAUAACUGUUUUGCUGCCACUGCCUUGAUUGAACUUACUAGAGCGUUUCAGUAUGAAAAAGAUACGAUGAACAUGGAUUGCUACGCAUUAACCAUACAGGAGAUUUUGAAAAUAUACGAUAUUUCUCCUAGUGGUUCCAAGAAGGAAGUCUGGGACAGCUUUCCUGAGAAUAUGCACCAAAUUAUGUUUCCUUUACUCAGCUCCAGAUAUACCUUGGCUUACCCGUCUCAGCCUAAGAAGUCACACCCUCUAUUUGGUUCAGUUUAUGCGACAACGUUCUUAGAAUGGGCUCAUAACUGGGCAGGGCAACUGAUUCCUCUUAUAGAGUCCGAUAACAUACGGGAGUUACUUCGCACAGUGCAUCCGAGCAUGCGUCGUGAUGUCAGAACGCUAUUUCUCUUCCUACCCUACGUUUUGCUUCACGCGGUGAUGUCCAAAAAUAACGUUCAGUAUAUACAAGAAGAGAUGACGGCAGUCAUUGAUACUAGUGCUGAUAAUUAUGAAAAUGAUGUCCAUAUUACCUCUGAAAGGUCGAAAUAUAAAAUACUACGUCACAUACGAAUGACGCCUAAUAUACACUCUAUACAGGCUGAAGAAGGUAAUCAGACUAAGUACAGUAAAACUAUAUACACUCUAUUGGAUUUUCUAAAUAGAUGGCUUUUAGAAUGGAUAAACUCAAAGCAGAAGCCUUUGGAGAAUGAAAAUUAUAAAGCGAUUCAAGAGUUCGCGGGAAAAUUCGAUAAGCUUGCUAUCGCGAGAGGCAAUUUUGCUUGUGGAGAAUUGGAGAGAGCUUUACAAUAUCUUGAGUUGUACAUGAACGAUGAUAAGUCGAGGAUACAAAGUCAGCUACCAUUCUUAGCUGAAAUAUACGCUUUAUUAGAUGAACCAGAUUCCGUUGCUGGUAUUUUAUCUAUAAAGCGAUCAGAACCGUCGUUAAAGGAACUAAUAUUAGCGCAAGUUGUGACGGGACGUCUUCAAGAUGCAGCGCUAUGUUACGAACGUUUGGCCCAGGAAGGUCAGCUGGAUAGGCAUAGCUUCCAGGGUAUGAUCGACUGUUACUUAGGGUUAGACCAGCCAUUCACAGCUUACAGGUUGCUUAGUGAACAAGAAUUGGAUGAUACUGUAAAAGAACUGUCUGCAGAGCCCCUUUGGAGACUCGGUCGUUUUGAACAGCUUGAAGAUAUAGUUGCUAAACCUGUUCCUCCAUCACGAGAGAACUGGGGCCUUCUUAUGGGUCGUAUUCUGCUGGCUUACCGUAAGCAAGAACACGAUCUCUUUGUUACAUCUUGUUCAGACGGUAUGAACCGACUUCUUCAACAAAUGGAUACGGAGUCACGUGGCGAAAGUGCUCUGCGCAGUGGAUACCAAAGUGUAUUGGGUUUACACAUCAUAUCUGAAGCUGGACAUGCCGAGGAAGUCUUAAAGGGAUUAAAAAACUUACAAGAUGGUGAGAGUCAAGGUGAACAGAUAAUAUGUCGAUUAUUGGAUGAGUGGCGUCAGAGGUUGUCACUUGUCCAGUCUGAUGUUCGGACAGUUGAGCCUCUGCUUCGUAUUAGACGAAUUUUGCUACAACAAACGCAGGAGUUAUUAGAGCCGACACACCCCCUAACAUCGAAUAAAUUGAGGUCGUGCAUUGGUGAUUUGUGGCUGCAAAGCGCAAAACAGGCAAGAAAAGCCGGGAUUUUUCAGCAGGCCUACAUGUAUAUACUUAACGCUGAAGAGUACCAACCUGAGCAGUUAUUCAUAGAAAAAGCGAAGAUGUACUGGGCUAGAGGGCAACAGGAACACGCCUUUACAACCCUUCGUAGAGGCUUGGAUGACGCCUACCCGCAACUGGAAAUUUUAAAUCAAGAACAGAAAAAAAUAUGCGCCAAAGCAAAGCUCCUAAUAGCAAAAUACAACGAUGAGACGACCAAUGUAGACGUGGAUGUUAAUAUUGGAUACUACAAAGAAGCAGUUGAUGUAUUUAAACAGUGGGAGAAAAGUUUGGUGUCCUUAGGGUCGUACUACGAGAAGGUGAGUAGCUCAGACGUCGCGAGCGAUAGUGGCGCCACGUGGACAAGACGAGUUUAUGCAUUGAAUAGUUAUGGCAAAGCUUUGCAGUACGGCCACAAAUAUUUGUAUCAGAGUAUGCCAAGGAUGCUUUCCAUAUGGUUAGAUGUAGAGGUAACGUCUUCAGACACUAGUAUCCACUCGAUCUUGGCACAGAUGACCGAGAUCAUAAAGACGUAUUCAGAACGACUUCCGAUAUAUCUCUAUCUGACAGCGUUCUCACAGAUAGUAUCAAGAAUAUGUCAUCCCGUUAAAGAAGUAUACCUCCAGCUGAAGGCGAUAAUAGUAAAACUUAUAAUGGCCUACCCCCAACACACGCUAUGGAUGAUGAUGUGUGUGAUAAAAUCCAGCUACCCGCAACGGAACAAGCGUUGUACAGAUGUUUUCGCGGAUCCGAGACUUAAAGAACCACGGAUGCUCAAACUUAUCUCUGACUUCACGCAGUUAGCUGAAAAACUGAUAGAACUUUGCAACAAACCAAUUGUCGGUAGUGGUAAUACAACCACAGUGUCAUCUCUAGUGCGAACUCUCCCGCGUCUGUUAGCCACAGAUAACUUCAGUCACAUAAUGAUGCCCUUCCAAGAGUUUUGCAAGAUAGUGCUGCCCUCUAAGGCGGCUAGACAAGAACGAAUCGACUUCAAUAUUCCGGCGGACCCGCCCGUCUACAUAACGGGUAUUGAGGAGCAAAUACAAAUUCUACCCUCACUUCAAAAGCCUAGAAAAGUUACUUUGAAAGGGUCUGAUGGCAAAUCCUAUAUAAUAAUGUUGAAGCCUCGCGAUGAUCUUCGAAAAGAUUUCCGCCUCAUGGAAUUCAAUGCUGUCGUUAAUAGAUUCCUGCAAGAUGCGCCGGAGACUCGCCGGCGAAGACUCUACAUACGAACAUACAGCGUGCUUCCCCUUAACGAGGAAUGCGGGCUUAUCGAGUGGGUCCCCAAUUUGGUUGGAUUAAGGCCUGUUUUGAUGCACAUCUAUAAGCAAAAAGGUAUCCAUACAAGCAAUCGAGAAUUAAAAGAGAUGAUGUGCCUCAACAAGGAUCCAGUAGAAAAAAAACGCCGGAUAUACGAGCAGCAACUCCUACCGAGACAUCCACCAGUGUUCCAAGAAUGGUUCAGGCGGGUUUUCUCUGAUCCCUAUGGGUGGUACCAAGCACGAUCGGCUUACAUAAGAACAACAGCUGUGAUGUCAAUGGUCGGUUAUAUUCUAGGUCUUGGUGACCGACACGGCGAAAACAUUUCCUUUGAUUCAACAAACGGCGACACGGUUCACGUAGACUUCAACUGUCUCUUCAAUAAGGGAGAGGCAUUUGAGUGGCCGGAGCGAGUACCUUUCCGCCUCACUCAUAAUAUGGAAGCCGCUAUGGGCCCGCUGAAGCACGAGGGGAUGUACAGAAAAAGCUGUGAAGCCGUAAUGCGGGCUUUACGAGAGCAGACCGCAGCCCUUAUGUCAGUGAUAGGACCAUUCGUAUACGACCCGUUGGUGUCGUGGGGCCGCGCCCGCGCAACUCAGCUCGAAUGCGGCGAGAGGACUAACGAACAAGCGUUACACCACUUGCACCAUAUCCGUCAGAGGCUGAAUGGCAUGGUAAAAACGAAAAACAAACAGUUGUCACUUUCCCUCUCACCGGAAGGUCAAGUGGAGCAUCUCAUUGUGGAGGCGACGAGCAUACAUAAUCUGUGCCAGAUGUACAUUGGAUGGGGUCCCUUCUUGUAG